AAGGAUCAACAAAGCUUCGAUCAAUCAAAAUACGAAUCAGCUCAACUCAACCUCGACGAGAACUGGUAGCUAGGUUUUUACGGUAGAACCGAGUCACAACUUUGGCACCCGAAAAAGACUUGCCAGCCACGUUCACUGAUGCAGCACUGCCUGACCAUAUAGGAUCUCGCCUUACAUUCACCGCUUGAGAUCGGGCGGCUACUAUAAAUUGACGAACGUGCCGCGAUUUUCCGCGUUCCUACUGCGUCGUGUGGCUGAGUCCCUGCCUUGAAUCAUUUGUUCAGGGAUACAUCAUACGAUGCUGUUGAUUAACAGGGGGGGCCGCCAUUUCUUAGACAUGGUAUGAUGGUUCCCCAACAAAGGUUUGGUAUCACGGAUGAAAAGUGGAGGCACCAUGUUCCGUGCGCGUGAACGAGGGGUACAUGCGCGCCAAUUCGCAGUUUGACUCCUCACGACAUGCAUAUGGCUGUCGUGCCUUCAUUGUGCAAUGGGCCCUGGCUGCCUUGGUCCGUGCGUGUUUGGAAAUUCAGGGUUGGCACUGCCAGCUAUUGCACAGGAUCCGAACCCUGGCUGCGUACGCACAGCCCCCGCAGAUCUUCUCCAGCGGUCUUAUAGGAUAUCUCUGCGCUGGGCUGCGGGACUACUUUUGAUUGAUGGA